AUGACGUUUGGUUCCUUUGAUCAGAUUUGCAAUAAGACGGCACUUCCGCUUUGUUCGGUAGUUGGUGCUAUCAACCAAACUUCGUUUUUUGACCGUGGUGUUGUACCGCAAUGCUAUGCUCGUUCAGUUGAAUUAGCCAACACGAUGAUCUUCCAGAUUGGUAAUGCGUUUGUCCAUUUUGGUGGUCUUAUCCUUUUUCUCAUCAUCAUAUUCAAUGUACGUGCCAAAUAUACGGCAAUCGGUCGGUCGGAGAUGUUGACCUUUAUGUACUUGAUGAUUGGAUUGCUUGUUAGCUCUUUAAUAGUCGACUGUGGGGUUGCCCCACCAAGUUCAAAGACAUAUGCCUAUUUUGUCUCGUUGCAGAUUGGAAUCUCAUCGGCGUGCUGUAUCUGUUUGCUAUAUAAUGGGUUAUUGUGUUUCCAAUUUUGGGAAGAUGGAACAAGGAGAUCCAUGUGGAUGGUGCGUUCCAUUUGCUUCCUUUGGUUCGUCAUCAAUUUUAUAAUCAGCUUGAUCACAUUCAAGUCGUGGAACACUGCAUUAGACUUUAGAAAGACUACCCUCAUGUUUGUUUUUGCAUACGUCAUCAAUGCAUUAAUCCUCGCGGUAUAUGUCGUGUCGCAACUCAUCUUAACCGUAUUUGCCUUGGAUUCAUACUGGCCAUUGGGUGCCAUUUUACUUGGAGUGUUUUUCUUUGUUGCUGGCCAAAUCUUGACAUAUGUUUUUAGCGAAGAUAUUUGUAAGGGUGCAAGUCAUUAUGUUGAUGGCCUAUUUUUCGGCUCCGUAUGCAAUGUGUUUGCAGUGAUGAUGUGCUACAAGUAUUGGGAUAUGAUUACAUCUGACGAUUUGGAAUUUUCAGUUGCAAAUGUUGAACAGGUUGUCAAUGAGUUUGGCAACGGCAAUGCUAAUGGUCCAGGGCCCGCUGGCGUCUAUGACGAAAAGAGAUCAAGCAUGUUCUUUUAA